UAUAUAAUAACUAAUACUAAUAACAACUAUUCGUAUUGCCUUGUACUUUGAGGGAUUGAUCAUACGUAACUUUUAAACAUAUCACUUAUAUGAUGUCUAACCUUGGGCGGUUGAGUUCAGGGGUUGAGCUCAGGGGUUGUGGCAUAUCUCAUGUGACCGUUAUGGCCUGUGGAACUAAAGCAGACAUCCCUGUUCAUCCCCGAUUCUCCCCACAUUCCCCAGUGCCCCUGAGAACGUUAUUUGUAUCUAGACUUUGACUGUUUUAUCUAUUUGCCAUUCUUUAACGGCACAUCGGUGGAGGAGCUUAGAUUCCGAGUCAACAUCCUCGGUGCCGAACGAUGAUUCAUCUCGUCAAACAGACGACGCCAAUUCGACCGGCCGGCAAUGUAACGCCGGGUCGGAAACGGCUGGCAGAUCUCCGAUAUGUGUACACGCUCACUGCCUUUGUGUCCCUCGGAGGCUUCCUCUUUGGCUGGGACCAGGGGGUCAUGGCUAUGAUCAUUGCCGACGAGAGAUGGUUGAAGCUGAUGCAACCUGCAAGCGAUUGGAGUGUGGGCUUCGUUGUUAGCAUAUAUAACAUCGGCUGUGUCAUUGGGGCUAUGACAACUGGCUUUUUUGCAGAUGCCUGCGGUCGUGAGAGGACCAUUUCCUUGGCGAGCACCGUCUUUAUCAUUGGCGCGCUACUUCAGGCCGCAUCCUACACCAUCGCACAGAUUAGCAUCGGCCGUUUUAUCCUCGGGCUAGGGGUUGGCGCAUAUUCUGCGGGUGUUCCGCUCUAUAUUUCGGAGAUAUCCCCUGCAGAGCUCCGCGGGAGGAUAGUCGGGAUCGAAUUGAUGAUCCUCUGUUUCGGUGAAAUGGUCGUGUUCUGGACCGUCUACGCCUUCUAUUUCCUCAACUCCGACGACUGGUGGCGAAUCCCUUUAGCUAUUCAGGUUGUGCCUGCUAUCAUUCUUGCCAUUGGAUGUUGGACGUGGGUACCUCCUAGUCCUCGUUGGCUUGUGGCUGAAGAGAGAUAUGAAUGUGCUCUUGAAGUUCUCUCGAGGCUACAUGGUUCGGAAGCGGCAGAACUCGAAAUCAGCGAGAUCCGGAAGACCGUGUCCGAAGAGCAAAUAACUACGCAGGCAUCUUGGUCAGACAUGUUUAAAGGGCCAGUCCUAAGAGUCACCCUAUUAGGAACCAGCAUCCAAAUGUUCCAACAAACUACAGGAACUAAUGGGAUCUUUUAUUACGCACCUUCGCUCUUCAAGAAGGGUGGAAUAACAGACCCUACCAUGGCCAAUCUAGCGACUGGAGGGAUUGGUGUGGUACUGUUCCUUAGCUCCUGGAUACCCAUUUUCUAUUUCGACCGCUUUGGACGAAAAACUUGGUUGCAAUUCGGCUUGAUAGGCAUGAUCUCCGCCCUUGUUGGGAUUUGUGUUCUACAGCAGCAUGCCGCAGACUACCCCCACAGCCCGGCAAACAAUGUUAUUGUAAUAUUUCCUUACAUGUUCUUUGCAUUCUUCAAUAUGAGCUGGAGCUCUGGUUCGUGGACUUACGCAGCUGAAAUUUUUCCAAUCUCCCUACGCGCUAAAGGAAAUGCGCUUUGUACAGCCUCACUUUGGAUAUCGAAUUUUGUGGUAGCCCAGGUGUCACCCCCUAUCGAGACCGCCACAGGUUAUGGCCUUUAUAUACUGUUUGCGAUUAUAUGUAUCGUUGCGUUCUUCUUCGUGCGAUAUGCCCUUGUUGAAACAAGAGGCCGGUCACUUGAAGACAUGGCGGAGCUCUUCGGCAUUGACGGUAGUAAAGAGAGCCAAGACCUACAGGACUCAAUAAGACAAGGAUUACUUCAAUCUAAUUUAAGGGAUGAGGAUGACACCCUAAUUGACGAUGACUCGGAGAAUAUAGAGUAACAAUUCUCGUAUAUAGGUACGCUCCGGGUAGCCCUAUCGCAAUAUAGGCUUUCUAUGAACUACUCUGGCCUCCUGUAUAAUGUAUAGAGCUUCAAGAAUCCCCAUGGUUUUGUUUACUUGUUAGAUUACCUUAUUAUUUAGAUGUGCAAUCUUGUUAUGGGAUUAUCUACCUAAUGUAUUAGUUGCACUACUUAGGUAGGUAGGUACUUUACUUGGGUAAAGUAUGGAGUUUACUAUGUCUACCUACCUAAGUUAUACAACGAGUCCAGCUUUAACUACCUUAGGUACUUAGGUAGUCUUCGCCAGUUCAAAUA